AUGAGUCGGUACCAGCAGCUACAUUCCGGCAGCCAGAAUCCUGGUGGUCAGAUGCCUGCGUUUCCGCCAGCAUAUGAUGAUUCAGGUGCCCUGGAAAACGCUGGCGACGUUUUCACUUCCGGCCCACCCAUUGAACAAUUUGAAAUUGACGAAGACGAGGUAUACGAGCCGCCCAAGCGUGAAAGUUUAGUGAAAAGAGCGUUCUUCGCCACUAGAACAUUCGUAUAUACCUUCAAGGAUAACUUUGGAGUGCCGCUUUCACGCUACUUAGAUCCUAUCUACGAAGGCUACAAUUAUUUUAACAUGAAGUAUGAGCUGUCCAUUUUAAAGUUGGGCAACCCGUUAGUGGUCAAGCGUUUAAUCUAUGUGUUAUUUGUCAUUGUAUUGAUGUACCUUGUCACUAGAAGUGAAAACAGUGAUGGUGUCAAUGGCGCCAGUGGCGGAGCUUUCUCCACGGGCAAAUUCUACGACGUGGAUAUGCUAGCGGACACAAUGAAGCAGUACAUCGAGGCAGCCUCCCUCAAAGAAAACAUCGAGUACCUCUCGUCUAUGCCGCAUUUGGCGGGCACCACCGGUGACUUGGCGAUGGUAAGAUAUGUCGAGACAUACUUCCACAACAAUGGAGUACAACAGGUCGACUUCCAUGAGCUCGACUCUUUUCUAAACUACCCAGAUAAGGAGGGAACAUAUGUCAAGUUGGCCGACGGAUCGUUUUCUGCUACGCUAUCGGAGGGUUCGGAUAAAAGCAUGCAGAACCUAGCCUUCAAUCCUACUUCUCCAAGUACGAAUGGAGAAAUCGACGCCAGAUAUAUCUACGUGAACUAUGGAGAAAUGGAGGAUUUCGGGAGAUUAGACAAGGCUGGCGUAUCUGUGAAAGAUGCCAUUCUUUUGAUAAGGUAUGGCGGGGUCACUCCAGAAUCCAAUAAAGUGUACGCCGCCACCCAACUUGGCGCAAAAGCCGUGAUAUUUAUUUCUCCAACCAUUGAGUGGGCAGGAGAAAAACAUGAUGACAUGAUUCAGCGUGUUAACGUGGGUCAUACUCGAGUGUGUUAUGGAGACGUUUUGACCCCGGGAUGGUCGUCUCAUUCUAUUGGCAGUGCGAACUGGGAAAAAUCUGAAAUCACAGCUAAAAUCCCCACAAUCCCAAUCUCUUGGAAGGAUGGUGAGGUUUUGGUCAAAAAGCUUGGAAACUCAGGUGCUGACUUUGGUGAGGGGAGAUAUUCCGGUGAUGGAGCAGUUUCUUUAAAGUUGAAUAUUCUGAACAAGAAGAGAAAUACGCAUCUGAUUUGGAAUGUUGUGGGUUCGAUAAGUGGCAGAGAGCAAGCUGGUAAGGGAAUUAUCUUUGGUGCAGCUCGUGAUUCCUUGGGCUACGGUGCAUCCACUUCGGCUAGUGGAACGGCAACUUUGUUGGAGCUUGUGAAGGUUUUCACUUCCCUACAGAGACGCUAUGACUGGUAUCCGUCGAGGUCAAUCUACUUUGUUUCAUUCGAUGCUACGGAGUACAAUUUGGCUGGGUCCGGAGAAUGGUUAGAAGAGAAGAGAAAGCAAUUAUUUGAAGGAGGCUAUGCAUACAUCGACGUUAGCGAAAUUGCCACUGGUGAUGUGUUGACUAUCUUGACAAAUCCUAUGUUCCUGAGCACCAUCCGAGAAGAGCUUCGCAAAAUUAGUCUCACAGAGGAACAAAAGAAGCAGAAGAGCAACAUGGCAACCUUAUAUGAUCUCUAUAAGUCUCAGCAUGGUGACAAGGACAUCUUUUCUAAUAAUUUGGUCGAGUACAAGAACUACAUUCCAUUCAUCAAUCGAUUGAACUACCCAUGCUUGGAUGUUGGCUUUAGGGGCAAGCCUAUCCCCCGCGGCUCAACACUCGAUAGCUUCGGCAAUUUUGUGAAGGAACUUGACUCGUCAAUGCUGGAACAUAUUCAGAUUGUGGAACUUUUGGCUCGUGUAGGGUUGCGUUUGGCUGAGGAUCCCGUGUUACCAUUCGACUUCAUUGGGUUGGCGUCGGACUUGCUACGUUACCAGCAGGACUUGGAGAAAUAUGUCAACGAACAGAUUUCAUUUUUCUCAUCGAAUGCACAAGUGGACUACAGCAAACUCAAAAAUGCUCUUGAAAGUUUCCGCCAAAACUUCCGUCAACUUCACGAAUUCCGCACUCAUUGGAAGGAAUUCAUCAAGAGCACCUCCUCAAUGGAACCUGCGAUGUUGGCCGGUUCAAGAAAAGCAGCUAAUGAGAAUAUGAUGAAUGCUGCGUUCACCUUCCUCAUGAGGCAAGAUAGUCAGCCAUCGCGUGCUGGAUAUUUCAACUUGCUCUUCGGAACACCGUACAAUGCACCACCCUUUGACGACGGUGUGCAUGAAUGGAACACUUUCCCAAUGGUGAGAGACUUUGCAUCGACAGGAGAUUUCAGGAAAGUUCAGAUCGAAAUCGAUCGACUUGCUGACAUUUUGAUCACCACAUCCGAAGAAUAUUCUCAAGUGCCUUAG